AUGGAACCUUCAUCAACAACGCGUCUUCCCAAUGAGAUACUAUUCAAUAUUUUUAGUCAUUUCUGUCUCCAUUGCCAAGACCACUAUAACGAGUCCUGGGAUGAGCGACCACUACGCGCAAUCAAACCUUGUCGUGAAGAACAGCAGCCUGAUGCGAAAUCUUGGUAUUCCAUCGACAGAGAUACACUCUUCGCCGUUUGCUUAGCUUCCAAAAGUCUCAGAGGUAUUGCCCAGCCGAUUUUAUAUCACGAAUUCGUCUUGGGUUACGGCGAUUCCUGGAAAUCUGAACUGUAUGACUGGGAAGGCCGCCUUAUUUCAUUUAUGCGAACCUUGGCUCGCCGUCCUGACCUUUGCCGUCAAGUUAAGGUCGUCUACAUCAAUACCUGUCUUUUCACGUCCAACAACGAGGGAAAGCGAGCUACUCUGCUUGAAGCGGCUCGGGCUCUAAAAAUCGACCUUCCGGCCGUUUGGAAACGAAGAGCGUCAAAGAUACUAGCAAGUGAGGCUCAGGAUUGGCCUGAGGUCUAUUCUAUCUUUAUUAGCACAUAUCUUGAAGAAAGUCGGGAUUUGACAGAAAAGCAGGAGCGGCGUCUACGGCGGGCAAUGGACGAUGCUCCUGCACCUGCUUGGCGCUGGCUGAAUUCCGAGCUCAUCGCCAUGUUAAUUGCCCAAACGCAUGCCGUACAAUACUUCAGCAUUCAAGGCAAUCGUACAUGGCCAACAAAUGGGCUUCCUGAGUCUUCCCUCCGGUCUUUAGGAGUCAUCAACCUCCCACUGAAAACGCUUGAUCUUGGUAUUGCUGCCAACUCUCUUAUCGAGCUUGCUCCAAGUCUUCGAACUUUAAACCUCCAUGAUUAUUCGGGAGACUUGAGCUCAUGGGAUACAGAACUCCCGCACCUCAAAACAUUGAGAAUCACGAAUGAUUACUUAUCGGCCAAUACUCUUCGUCGACUUCUAGACGCAUGUACGGGAGGGUUAGUUGCCUUUGAGUUUGAGGCUUACAAGAGGGUUCAUGAAUCUCCCCGUUGUGGGUUCGAAGACUACGAUAACUACAUUCCUGCUCCUCCACAUAUGCUUCGCGAUCUUCACUUCCAACCGUCCGACGUCAUUCAGAUCCUACAGAAACACAAGAGCACUCUACGAACACUGCAUCUUGAUCUCACAAACCGCCAACAUCGCACGAAGAAGAUUCCAUUGGACGUGAACCUCAAAGAUUUCAGUACUCUUCAACACGUUUUUAUCAACGCAAUCCAACUUUUUGGCUGGAUUCCGCUAGUAGAGGAGAACAUGGAGCAUGAAGUUUUGGCACUCGCUGGGCCAGACAAGCCAGAGUCGACCUGUUCUACCAUUAUUGGAUCAAAAACAGUAAAGAAUGUCCCAACGUCUACAGGCACAGUGAAAAAGAAUAUCACUAUCGUCAAGAAGAUUAUUCGCAAGGUCAAUGUCGUUGUUGUCCCACCUACCAAGACUACAACUACCGUCGAGACCUCAACUGUCAAAUCAACCACUACGAACUUCGGGCUCAUAUCUACUACAACCACGGCAGUUGACCUGUCUACCUCCAUCGACGUCAGAACCUCUUGGAAGAUUGAGAUGUCAACCACCGGUUCUAUUACAACUAAAUUCAUCACCACGACCAUCACUCGACCUCCUUUGUGGAUAGCUAUCAAGGGAGAUCCUGAUUGGAGACCUAGAAAACGUGCCGAAAAGAACGAUGGAUUCGUUGAUGUCAAGGCACUAACAAGUAAUCAACUGCCACAAAGCGUUCGUUGCGUGAGAGAGAUACCCAAAUACUCUACCAAGACGGUUACCACGACGGUCCAAGGGCACAAGAUCACGCUCAAAGCUGCUACCAAAACUAAAACUUCCACUGUUCCCACAACUAUCACAGUCACGGAUUACCCAAAUGCCAGGAUAACCGCAACCGAGAUUGUGUAUCUCUCUGUGACAACAAUCGUUCAAGACGUCACCUCAACUAGCACUAUUCCUGAAACUGCCACUGUCGAGAGUCUCAUUCCUACAGCUACAGCCUAUGACAUGUGCUCUGAUGACAACAUUCUAGUUACCGCGAACGGGGGAAUAAGGCCUGGAUACAUUAGGUUGCCGUAUUCAGGCGAUUUUAACCCCAUCCAGAUAGGGGUUGGCUAUACUGGAAAACCAUGCUGUAUAGCAUGUGCGUCCAACCCUCUUGGUGUCGGCUCAUAUAUCGAGGAUGGUGUUUGCAUCAUUUAUGUUCCCAAGGAUAGUGAUAUCUGCCUCAAUGGUGGUCAAGACGAGGUCGGAGGCUACAUGACAUUUCAAGAGCUGGACUCGGGAUCCGAUAUCAUAUUCAGCAACGGACGUUGUGGCAAGUUUAAGAAUUACGGUAUAAGUGUCAACCAAGACUAG